UAAGGGGAGAGUAAAAUAAAAAGGCUACUUUCAUUCAAUAGUGUCGAAGUAAUUUUAUGUAGGCAGCUUUCUUUCUUUUUUUCAUUAUUUGAAAUAAUGGAAUAGGGCCCACGUCUUCACAUUUACAAAUUGAUCGUGCAACAGUCGUAUCAUCGGACGACCACUAGACAAAGCAGUCGUUUCUCGUUGGGAGUACUUUUCAGAGGUCUUGUGAAACGCUGAUAGUUCAGGUUUUCGCGCUGACUUCCCUUGGUUUUGCGGCUCGUUUUCUUGUGCGAAUAAUUUAACUUAGUUGCGGCUUACUUUGCUGGAGUUCUAUUAUGGAGUUACCGUCCACAGAAAAUAAUGGUUUCAAAGAGAGUAACCUGAACUCGGCGAAUAGGCGUAGACAAGGAGUCAUGCCGACCAUACACACCACGACUCUCUUUCUUAUUUUCACCAAAGUUCUCACCGUUCACGCCGCCUCCUUCCACUUCACCAAGGAGCCCAAGUCCCAGGAUGCCUUGCACGGCCGGAGCGCCAUGUUAUGCUGCGAGGUCAGCGACGCGGAGGGCGUGAGUUACAGCUGGCUGCAAAACGGCGAUGCGGUGAAUGACACGGAGCGCCGCUUUCGGGAGGGCGGCAACCUCAAGUUCACCUAUGUGGACCGGGUGCUGGAUGCUGGGACCUUCCGGUGCCUGGCCGCCAACAAUGCCACGGGAGGAGAAGAGCGCUCCACGGAGGCGUCCUUCAACAUCAAAUGGCUAGAGAGUGGUGGGGUGACCCUGAAAGAUCCUGCAUCAGAGCAGGACAUCAAGAGCUCUGCCCCUGUGACGUUCCGGUGCAACAUUGAUGGACACCCACGACCAACAUGCCACUGGUACAGAGACGGCGUACGCCUGCCGGAGAAGAGCCAUCAGAUCAACAACAAGGAGCGAACUCUGACCCUGCCCAGUGCCAGCCCAGACAACAAUGGCCUCUACUAUUGCUGUGCCAAAAAUCCAGCUGGGCACGUGUGCAGCAAUGUGAACUUCACCCUUGAUAUCAUAGAUAAAAGUUUCCCUCGUCCUGUGGUGAUUCCUGAGGACCUGGUGGUGAUGAGGAACGAGGAGGCCCUCCUUAACUGCCUGUUCACUGCCGAGCCCCCUCCCACCCAAGAGUGGUACCAUCAGGACGAGCUAAUCACCAACAAGUCCCGGUUGGUGAUGUUGAACAAUGGCUCCCUACUCAUAACCCAGGUGAAGCCCAGAAACACUGGGCUCUACAAAUGUGUAGCCAAAGGGCCCCGCGGACUCCCUGUCACUCUGGAGGCCACCGUGAACCUAGCAGAGAUCGAGGAGAUGAGCCCCAGCCAGACCCGGGUCUUCUCGGCAAACUCCCUGGAGAGGGUGUCCUGCCGCCCCCCUCGCGGCCACCCGGAGCCCGAUGUGUGGUGGGAGCGGGGCGGGGAACGCGUCCCCUUAGAGGGCAGGGUCUACCAGGACGGACUGGAGCUGGUCUUCAGCCCCACCCAGGGGGAAGACUCUGGACUGUAUACCUGCGUGUGCCAGAACAAGGCCGGUACCAGGAGGCAGGAGCUGACCGUCACAGUGGCCACCCCUCCGGAGUGGGUGACGAAGCCAGAGGACAGCCAACUGGAGGAGGGCCUCCCUGGGUACCUGCAUUGCCACACCCGCGCCACACCCCAACCCGAGGUUACCUGGUACCGCAACUUCAUCCCCAUCACCGCCGAGGACAUUCGCUUUAAGCUGUACCCCAACGGGACCCUGAGGAUCAACAGCGUGGAGGUGUACGAUAACCACCUGUACAUGUGUCGGAGCCAGACGGAGGCUGGGAGGGUGGAGGGCCGGGCCAGGGUCUUCGUUCUUGAGAAGCUGAAGUUCACCCCCACCCCACAGCCCUCCCAGUGUCUGGAGUUGGACAAGGAAGGCACUGUGCAGUGCUCCGCCAAGGGCCGCGAGAUCCCCACCAUCCAGUGGACCAAAGCAGAUGGCAGUCAGCUGCCAGAGCAUGUAGUACAGACCGGCGGCGUGCUCCACUUCGCACUGGUGACGAGGGACGAUGCGGGCAACUACACCUGCCUGGCUUCCAACAGCCUGCAGGGCCAGAUCACAGCUGCUGUGCAGCUCACCGUAGCAGUGUAUAUAACAUUUAAUAUGGAGCCGGAGCACACCACUGUUUACCAGGGCCACACAGCCAUUCUACACUGCCAGGCCACCGGCGACCCCCAGCCCUUUAUCCAGUGGAAAAAGAAAGACAAGUUCCUGGAGCCUCGCAAGAGCAGGUUUCAGAAGAUGCCCAACGGUUCUCUGGUCAUCCACGACGUGAGUGUGGAAGACACGGGAAGCUACACAUGCAUCGCUGGCAACAGCUGCAAUAUCGGCCACACCUCGGCAGAGCUCUAUGUCGUAGAGAAGCCUGUGCACCACUCGUUGGAGGAUGAUGAAAAGGCGCCAUACAAGAUGAUCCAGACCAUCGGCCUAUCAGUGGGCGCCGCUGUGGCCUACAUCAUCAUCGUCCUGGGCCUGAUGUUCUACUGCAAGAAGAGACGCAACGCCAAGAGACUAAAGGGCCCCGAGGGAGAGGAGGCUGAGACAGAGCACCUCAACGGGGGCACGGUGCAGACCAACGGACAGACCACCGCUGAGAUCCAGGAGGUGGCACUGACCAACAUGGGCACCACGGCCAGCAGCUCCAGCAACAAGCGCCACAGCAGCCACGACAAAGGGCACUACCCCCGCGCCAACCUGACCACCAUCACCACUCUGGGGAAAGGUGAGUUUGGCGAGGUGUUCCUGGCCAAAGCCAAGGGCAUCAUGUCGGCAGGAGGAAGAGGCAGUGAGGAUGAGGAGGAGACUGUGGUGCUGGUGAAGAGUCUGCAGACGCGGGAUGAGACUCUGCACCUGGAGUUCCGUCGCGAGGUUGAGAUGUUCGGCAAGCUGGGCCACCCCAACCUUGUGUGCCUACUGGGCAUGUGUAGAGAAGCCGAGCCUCACUACCUCAUACUGGAGUAUGCUGAAUUGGGGGACCUGAAGCAAUACCUCAAGAUGUCUAAGAACAAGGAGGAGAAACCCAAGUCCCAUCACCUCGGUACCAAGCAGAAGGUGGGGGUGUGUCUGCAGGUUGCCCGGGGGAUGGAACAUCUAUCCAAUCAGCGCUUCGUCCACAAGGACUUAGCCACCCGCAACUGUCUGAUCAGCGCCAAGAGACAGGUCAAGGUGUCUGCACUGGGGCUCAGCAAAGAUGUCUACAACGAUGAGUACUAUCACUACCGGCAGGCGUGGAUCCCUCUGCGUUGGCUGCCAAGCGAGGCCGUGUUCGAGGACGACUACUCCACCAAGACGGACGUGUGGUCCUUCGGCGUGCUCAUGUGGGAGGUGUUUAGCCUGGGCGAGCUGCCGCACUCUGCACUUGACCACGACAAGGUCCUCGAAGAGCUGAGAGAGGGCCGGGGGAAGCUGCCCCUGCCCCAGGGCUGUCCUUCCCGGGUGUACAAGUUGAUGACUCGCUGUUGGGCCCCCAGCCCUAAGGACCGCUCCUGCUUUAGCGACAUCGUCUCUGCCCUCAGCGAACUGCCCUCCGAGAGCAAGGUGUAACACACACGGCCCAGGUGCACUGUGUGUGUGUGAGGGUAUGAAUGUGUUAGGAAUGGGGGGAGGUGACAAGUGUGUGUGUGUGUGUGUGUGUGUGUGUGUGUGUGUGUGUGUGUGUGUGUGUGUGUGUGUGUGUGUGUGUGUGUGUGUGUGUGUGUGUGUGUGUGUGUGUGAGAGCAGUUGUGUACAAAUGUGAUUAAGUCCACACACACACAAAACCAGUGGAUCAGUGUGUAUGUGAAGGACGUAUAGAGGUGUUGGCGUGUGUGCGUGAGCAUGCAUGUUUUGGCCUUUUUGAAUUUGUGUGUCUCGCACUCCAGGACUAUCCUACUCUGCCUUGUUGGCCUCUGUAUUUAGCGACUGCAAGAGCAGAAAGAGUCUCUUAACAACAAGGAACUUUGGUCCCAAUGAGGACCCAGCCGAGAAGAGAUCAACAUCCGACGAGCUUCUCCUUCACGUCUCUACGGAUUAAAAUGACAAUUUUUUACAACGAGGACUUAUAUUGUGCCUUAGGUCAAAUGGUGUCUAACAUUUAAUCUAGAAACUAAUGACAGUUAAUGUUGGCACGGUUUUCACCCCAAUUGGAUCUUUUCUGUUGCUCAUGUUUGCGAAUGGACAAGACAUUACAUUUACAUUUAAGUCAUUUAGCAGACGCUCUUAUCCAGAGCGACUUACAAAUUGGUGCAUUCACCUUAUGACAUCCAGUGGAACAGCCACUUUACAAUAG